CUGGCAAAUGCUGUCAUCAGUUCCCUCUCCUUGUCACAAGACGAACAGCUCUCCCCUGAGGAUAGGACGGGACCUGGGAGACAGACAGACAUGAAGUCCGUUCGGAGUCCGGCAUUCCUGCUGAUUUGUGCCUCGGUGUUCGUCCUGUCUGAUACCAGCUCUGAAUCUCCAAGGCCUCGGGUCAUCCAUGGAACCAAGGGCAAGCCUCUCACUCUGCCCGUGUUGACCCGUUUCCCGCUGCAUGGGAUCGACAUCCAGGGCAGCUGGUCCAAGACCAAGCCUGACCACUCGCACCUGGUGUCCUUCAAGAACGGUGGGGUCAUCAAGAAUAGGUUGUGGCGCAACAGGAUCUCCCUGAGUCUCUCGGACGCCUCGUUGAUUAUCCACCGCCUGGAUGAGAGCUCGGAAGGGGAAUAUAAGCUGGAGCUGAAUAUCGAGCUCUCGGAGCACAACCCGGAACAGCUGAUGCACAAGGUGGAGACUGUCUAUGUGACUGUGGAUGUCCCUGUGUCCACACCAACCAUUGAGAAGAGGCCAGCCUAUGAGCUCAUAGAGGACAGGGACAAUGUAACAUGGACCUGCUCGGUCACCAGUGGUACCAAGGUUCAGUACCAGUGGCUGAAGGACAACCUUCCAGUCAGACCCGACGAGAGACACGUUUUCUCUCCCACAAAUGACACGCUGCUGGUCCAGCCUGUUCGCAAAGAGGACAUCGGCCGGUACACCUGCCUGGUCAGGAACCACAUCAGUAAGAGUCAGAGCCAAAGCAUGGACCUCAACAUCUACUAUGGUCCGUACAACCUGGCCAUAAAGUCUCACCAGGGUCUCAAGACUGGGGAGGUGUUCAUGGUGGACCCCAGUGAGUUGGUGCUCUUCGACUGCUUCGCCGACUCCAACCCGCCUAACAGCUGCGUGUGGAUCUCUAAAACUGGCAACAGGACGGAAGUGGUCAUGACCGGUCUGCGGUUCGAGGUCAACCCACACGAGCUGGCCCACGCCAAGGAGUUUGUGGUCCGAGCGUUCAACAAUGUCACCCAGAAAGAGGACGAGGCCCAGUUCUUUGUUAUGGCCGGCACUGGCUCAGGAAAGCAAAAAAUUACUCAGAACGAAACCUUCCUGUCUCCGCUGGCUGCCAUCGUUCUGUGCUGUCCGGUCAUUAUCAUUGCUUGUGGUUUGUUGCUGUUCAAGAGGACAUGCCACCCAAGGCGAGUUAUAAUUACGAUGAAAGACACCCUCUCCAAAAGGCCGAUAACAGAACAAAAACGACCCCACCGUUCAGGCCAUGAAGAUGCGACUGAAGACUUUGGCAUCUAUGAAUUUGUUGCCAUACCUGGGAGAUUGGAUUCCACUCAGGCAUCAUGUAGAUCUCUGGCACACCCUGAAUCCACACAGGAUUUGCAUACCACUAUCUAUGAUGUCAUCAGACGGAUCCCGGAAACGCCCACUCUGAGCCUGCUGAAGUGAGGCUGGGCGGCGGGCGGCAGACAGUGUUUAUAUGCACUGAUGUGAGGUCAUCGUUUCGAAUGUGACUUUGGUGGAAGAGUGCCACCUGUACAGUGAAGCUGUGCUUCGCUCGAAUCCCUGGGUGUGUGUCCCAUGUUUGUCAUGAGUGCAAGAACGGGUCUUGUCCCUGUCCAACCUUUUUUCUGUAAGCUGGCUUGAUGAAAACAGGGGACGGUUGUGGUGAUUUUUAAAUAAUAUUUUUUUUUGUGGCUUAUUUCAGUGUUUCUGCAGAGAGAUAUUUAUUUCAUCACAAAUGAAGGGUUCUCUUUAACCAUAUUUAUAUAUGUUUGUUUUGUAUUUUCUCUCAUUUGAUAUGAGUGCAUUUUAAUUCUGAGCAGGAAUUGUUUGAGGCAUAUGGUCAUGAGCUUUUCCAGAGCUUUUCUCUGUAGGAGUGAAAUAAGGGGAAUUUCACAUGAAUGGUUUCGCAACCAAAUGUGCCAAGUUGGAGUUCCUAUUGGCAGUAGAUAUGUUUUGAAUAUGUUGAAUUCCCCUCUCCCUAUAGGCAAAAUCAUAUCUGCAAUUGAAAAAAAAGAUUUACAGUCAUUUCUACAUUUCUAUGUCUGAAUCACAGAUGUAAAUAAUAUAUACUUAUUUUAUAAUAUCCUAUGCUUUAUUUUUAAAAGCUGUAAUGACCGCCGUUAUACUUAUAUACUACAGAAUACAUGCCAAGACAACAGGUCUAUUUUUGCUAUAUUUUACAUGUUGUCUUGUCUUGUCUUAAGACUUUGCUUUAUCUGCUAUUUUGUACAGCCACACAACACAGAAGUGUGAUUUUCUAUCUGAAUAAAGAUUUAU